AUGGCUUCGCGUCCCGCCACCCCAUUCGAGAAACCCCUGGAGCCGGCCCUAACCCUCGACGAGGAAGCCGAGGCUCUCAACGGCUAUGUGAUCGACCCCAGUCGUUAUCCAAAUAACGCCGCCAGACUCAAGACAAGCUCCGACAAUCAAUUUGUUCUCAUCCCCCAGCCCUUGGACUCCAUCGAUGAUCCCCUCAACUGGGCUGAAACCAAGAAGGGAUGGAUCAUCGCGGUUAUCGCGUACAUUGCUCUGUUGGCUGAUUACACUGGUGGUUCUGCCAUCAUCUGUGUUAUUCCUCAGUCUAUUCAAUGGGGUCUCACUCAGGCCCAAGCUCAGAAAGCUGUCGUGGGAAACCUUUUUACCAUUGGUGCUUGUGGACUGAUUGUCGUCCCCUUCACAAGCUACUUCGGUCGGUGGCCAAUCUUGCUGAUAUUCCAAGCUGUUAUGCUGGGGACUUGUGCCUGGUCAGCUGCGGCCACUAGUUUCCAUUCAUACCUUGCGGCACGCAUCAUCAAUGGAUUUUUCUGCAGUAUCGGCCAGGGAGGUGCCCUGAUGUGGAUUCAAGAUAUGUUCUUCUUUCACGAGCACCCGAAGGUCAUCAACUACGUGGAAUUUUCGAUUAUCCUAAGCCCAUACCUUGGCCCCAUGUUCACCUCGUUCAUUGUUACAGCUGUGAGCUGGCGUUGGGCAUUCUGGGUGUGCACAAUAGCUUCAGGAAUCAGCUUGAUUCUCGUCUUCUUGCUUGACGAGACCCUAUUCGAUAGAAAGAACCCACCUGUUUCUCGGGGUACUUAUGUCUCUCGCCUUGUCGGAGCUCAUCAGGCUCAGUCCUUCCAGCACAAGAGCUUCAUCGAUUGUAUUUCUCGCCCCGCUGUUGCAAUCACCAAACUUCCCGUGUUCACAAUCCUGGUCUACUACUUCCUCAAUUCGGCUUGGGUCGUCGGCGUGAAUACUACCAUCAGUAUUUGGUUGAGCAACAAGUAUGGAUUCUCAAUUCAAAGCAUCGGCUUCUUUUACUUUUUCGGUGUAGUCGGUUGCCUUGCCGGUUGGUUCAUUGGCCACUUCCUUCACGACGCCAUUGGACGAUACUACUCCAAGCGACACGACGGUCGUCUUGACCCCGAAGCCCGACUAAUCAUCACAUACCCAGCCACUGGUCUCUGCUGCCUAGGCUUGAUCCUUCUCGGUCUGGCCUUUGAACACCACUGGCACUACAUGGCUAUCGCAGUCUUUGCUACAAUCCAACUCGUCGGCUUCAUGAUCGUCAGCACAGCCAUCAAUGCUUAUCUACUUGACGCUUACCCGGAGGGAUCAGGCGAGGUCGGUGCAUGGGUCACGGCGAGUCGCAACUGGGCGGGAUUCAUGGCGACUUAUAUCCAGAUUGACUGGGUGACUAGCAUUGGGCCUGCUAAGGCUCUCGGGAUCCAAGCUGCCAUUACUAUUGCGUCGCUUUUCCUCAUCGCUUUCUUGCAGGUCUAUGGCAAGCGGCUGAGAAAGCGCCAGGGCCGAAUGGAGUUCAAGAAACUUCGCGUUUGA